AACCCACAGUUUGGGCUUGGAGUCGAUUGCAUUCGGGGGGGCGCGCAUUUGUCUAGUCAACUAGUUUCAACUUUGUUUCACUGUCGAAAUAUUCGCUUAGUGACUUGAAAAAUGGUGACCAUUCUGGACAAAUUGGACCCGGAGCUGUUCCGGACCUACGCCUUCUGGAGCGUGGUUCUGGUGCUGAAGAUGCUGCUCAUGAGUGCGCUCACAUCGCUCACUCGAAUCCGGAAGAAGGUUUUUGCCAAUCCUGAAGACGCCGCCACCGUGAGCCGGAAGUUGCAACCUGUCUUCAACGACCCAGAUGUAGAACGUGUUCGUCGAGCCCACCGAAACGAUUUGGAAAACAUCUUGCCCUACUUCCUGGUCAGCUUCCUGUACCUGCUGACCGGACCGAGUGUGGCUUUUGCUGCAAAUCUAAUAAGGGCGGCAGCUCUGGGUCGGAUCCUCCAUUCGUUGGUCUACGCCGUGGUCGUGAUCCCGCAGCCGGCUCGAUUCCUGAGCUUUGCCCUAACGAUGGGUAUCACCAUCUACAUGGGCCUGCAGUGUGUGGCGUACUAUUUGUAAGCGUUGAAAGGAUAUUUUUGUAAGGGGGAUUGAAGUAAAGAACAAUAAAAAAAAAAUUAAAAAGCGGGUUGUAAUGAUACAGUGAUGGGUACUGUAAUGAUGUAUCAAAAUUCAAAUGUAAGAAAAUUCGCGAUGCCAGGUAAAAUCUUUAACGUUUUUAAGUAAGGAGAAAAUGUAGGUAUGC